AGUGCAAGUGCCAGGGCCGGGACAAGGCAUCCGGCUAGGAAGCCCGGAGGGCGCGGCAGGAGCCAGCCAGGCACCAGUGCAGAAAGCGCGGUGGCGCCGCCCGGGGGAUGCCCUCAGGCCCGGUGCGGCUGAUCGUGAGAUCUUGGGAUUGUCUUGGGCUUACUACUGUUAGAGGAAGCCAAGGAUUUGUGAUGGGGAAGAAUGUGCGGGAGAUCACGAGGAGUCAAAAGAAAACCGGAGGACGAUGAAGAUGAGCCGGCAUUGGAGGAACUGGAGCAACGCGAAGUGCUGGUGCUGGGCUUGGAUGGCUCAGGGAAAAGCACGUUUCUGCGCAUGCUGGCUGGGAAGCCACCGGUGGAAGGCCACGUCCCCACCUGGGGCUUCAACUCUGUUCGGCUGCCUACCAAGAAUUUCGAGGUGGACCUGUUAGAGAUUGGUGGCAGCCAGAACCUGCGCUUCUACUGGAAGGAGUUUGUGAAUGAGGUGGACGUGCUGGUGUUCAUGGUGGACUCGACUGACCGGCUAAGGUUGCCCUGGGCUCGGCAGGAGCUGCAGAAACUGCUGGACAAGGAUCCUGACCUGCCUGUUGUCAUAGUGGCCAACAAGCAAGACCUGAGUGGAGCCAUGAGUAUGGUGGAGCUGCAGCAGGAGCUGGGCCUCCUUGCUAGUGACAACCAGAGAGAGGUUUUCCUCUUGGCAGCCAGCAUUGCCCCUGCAGGAUCUGGCUUCGAGGAACCCGGCACCGUGCGCAUCUGGAAAUUGCUCUUGGAGCUUCUCUCCUAGGCUGGACCCGCCUGCCUGCUGCCCAGCCUCGGAAACCACAGUUCUGCCUUCUCCUGCAUCGUUGUUGCUAGCCUAGGCCUUGGGCAGGGGCAUCACAGCAACGCUUCCUCUCUCCCUCAAGAGCAAGGCUGAGUCCACGCUGAAGCCUUCCUGGUGAGGUGGGCGUGGGGCUGAGGCGGUGAGGACAGUGACUGCCUCACUCUAAGGCACAGUGUGGCUCCAGCCUCCCUUAACUCCCUCCCUGCAGGACCCUCUGGCUGAAGCAGCAGUGUGGAUGUCACUGGUACUUCUGAGCCUUCAGGUCUCAUCUCACUGUUCACUCUGGUGGCAUCAUACAUGUCCCAUGUGGGAAGCUUCUGAGUAGAGCACAGGACGCUCUCGCUCCUAGUCCCUCGUUAUCCUCCAGCCCUGCUCUGUCUGUGGCCUUGUGUUCCCGCCUUUCUAGCCCCUGGGCCAUUAUUUUUAAAGGGAGGUGGUUUCCAUGUUUUUUUCCCUAAAUGCCAGCCAUCCCUGGCAACGCCGAAUGAGGGUCAGUCUGGAAACCUUAGCAGAGAAUCCUCUGAACGCCUCCCUGCUGUUGUGGCCUGGCCUUGUCAGCCUUUAUCAACCACAAAGUGCAGUUCACUGGACUGGGUGGGGGGUGGUUUGCCCAGCUCUGGAGACGGCCUGCUGCUUUUGUACUGACUGUGCCAAUGCCCGUGUUUACAUAGAUCUAGAGAAGGACGGAGCCUGAGUCCUGGAACAAGACUGGAGCCGGGGGUGGGGGGGGUGGGGCAGGGUGUGUCAGCCUCAGAAUGGCAUUUUAUUUAUUUAUUUAUGUAUUUAUCAAAGGAAUGGGCCAAAGUUCUAGGUUCUGUUUCUCGGUGCUGUAAUGAAAACCCUAGGAGACUGUCAGAGAAUUUGAAGCUUUGAGAACUGGAAUCGUGAGAUUAGGUAACCUAUGGGUGCCCACGGAGACAAAACUGUAGCUUGCCCCUCCCCCAUCCUGUCCUUGAGACCAUGACUGGAAGCAGGUACCUCAAGGAGACCUAGUACUCAUGGCCCAGGACAGGACUAGAAGAGCCAUCAGAAUGACUCUUCCUGUGCCCGUGGAGGACACAUAACCAAGCCUUCUGGGACUAUUUAUUUGUCAGCCAAAAGCAGAAACUGAAAUGCUAUGUUCUCCGAAGUGAACACUCCAUGACUGGUGAUCAACCAGUGCAGAACUGGUCUCCAUGCUGACACUGGUGCAGCCAAGAGCCUUUGUCUGCCAAGGGAUACUGAACGCCAGUGGACUGGUGGUGGUUUUUUGGUUUUUUGUUUUUGUUUUUUUUUUGUUUUGUUUUUUUGUUUUUGUUUUGUUUUUUGUUUUUUUGAGACAGUGUCACUCUAGCUCAGGCUGGCCUUGAAUUCAUGGCACCUGGCCUUCCUGAGCCUCCAGUGCUGGGAUUAUGGGAAGCAUUGGGCCAUGGUGCCUGACUUUCUGUUUGCUUUUUGAGGAUACAGUGUGCGCUGUGUUUGUCAGCUGCCCAGCAUACAGCCCAGGAAGUGGAACACUCCGCGUUGAAGUGAGCACAAUCAUCUGAAGGGGGCGCUCUGGGCUCCUGGACUCCAGCCCACGAGGAUGGAAUUACUACAGGACAGAUCACUCACUAGAAGUGAUUUUUCUGCUUUUCUAUUACAUAUUUAAGGAGUGACUAGGAUUUCCAAGUGUGUGAGGUUUCGUCAGAUAUUGUGCAUCUGUUGUGAGGAUCUCACCUCACUCUCCAGUGUUCACCUUCAAGCAGACUUGUGGAGAGGACUUCUUUCCUAACUGAAAGACCUUUGUCUGAUGAGUUUCAUCAUGUGCAACUGUCACGUUGUCCACGGUGGAGGGGGUGAAUUUAAGAAUAAAGCAUUUCACUGUG